AUGCAUUUGAGCUUUCGAAGGAUCGCCUCCUCCGACGUCCGGCCCUCCCUGAUCCUCCGCCGCACCACCCGCAGACUCAACUCCACCCCAUCUCUGUCGCCGGACCCCACGGCGGAGCCCUUGACGCCGCCUCAGCUCAAAACCCUCGUUCUCGGUCGGUACACCAAGGAUGGCAAGUUCUCCGGCCUCCUCCGCCAAGUCGUGUCUUCGCCCGCCGUCCUCCUCGCAGCCUGCCGGAACCUCGUUGCCCCGAGCCCUCCCGAGGCGGCUCCCCUGCCUCCGCAUUCUUCUCCCCUGCUCGAGUCGGUGUCGAGGCGCUUCUCGCUCCCCGAGAUGGGCCGCGAGAUCGCCGAGGGCCGGUUCGACGUCGCUGCGCACUGCGUCGUGAUGGCGCCGUCGAGGAAGAAAGGUGAGCCCCUGGUCCUGCCCAGCUUGAGACUGAAGGUCUUGAUCGAGGCCCUCAGGAUGGUCCUGGAGGUCAUAUAUGAUGAGAGGUUUGCGACGUUCGCUUAUGGCGGGCGGGUCGGUGUGGGGCGCCACACGGCUGUGCGAUACUUGAAAAGCUCUGUGCAGAAUCCCAGUUGGUGGUUCACUGUGAAAUUUGAUAGGCAGAAGUUUGAUUGUGCACAUGUGAGCAAAUUGUGUAGGGUCAUUGAAGAGAAGAUCGACGAUGCUCUUUUCAUUGAUUUGAUAAGGAAGCUGUUUGAGUGCGAAGCCGUGAGCAUUGAAUUUGGCGGGUGUUAUCUGGGGAGAGGGUUGCCUCAAGAGAGUGGCUUGUGCGCCAUUUUGAUUAAUGUAUACUUCAAUGGAUUGGACAAGGAAAUUCAGGAAUUACGGCUUCGAAUGAAUAAAGAGAAUUUUAAGUUUGAUUCUAAUGAGAAUGCUUCAGAUUCGACAUCGAAUGUGUUUUACAAGCCCGUGAAGGUGUAUGCAGUUAGGUACUUGGACGAGAUGCUGUUUAUAACGUCAGGGUCAAAAAUUUUGACUCUGGAUUUGAAGAAUAAAGUUGCGAAGUAUAUAGAAGAGAAGUUGGAAUUGAAGGUGGAUAGAGUGAGAACUGCAAUUCACAGCCCCAUGAUGGAAAAGAUUGAGUUCUUAGGGAUGGAACUUCAGGCAGUCCCGCCUUCUGUUUUGCAUCCCAUGCCAUCAGAAAAAGCCAUUAGGGCUAGGAAGAAGUACCUAAGACAGAAGGAAGUGAAAGCUUUAGAAAUGAGAAAUGCUAGGGAGAGGAAUAGGAAAAAACUGGGAUUGAAGAUUUUGAGUCAUGUUUUCAAGAAGUUGAAACGGAGCGAUGGGUUCAAAUCUGAAGUCCAAAUCGACAAUGAGGUCACCGAGAUUUUCAGAACAUGGGCAGAUGAAGUGGUGCAGGACUUCUUAGGAUCUCUGGAGGAGCGGUAUAAUUGGCAUCGGGUGCUCUCAGCUGGAAAUUUUCUUUCUUUACAACGCAUAAGAGACCAAUUGCCGCAGGAACUUGUCUUUGCUCAUGACAAGUUCCAAAAGCAAGUAGAGAAGCACUUGUCUCCGGUCAAAGCUAUGAAGGCAUUGAGGGAAGAAGAAAGGAGAGAAGAAGAAGACAGAGAACACAAGUAUGCAGAGAUGACAGUUCAUGAUUUGACACAAUUGUGCAUUAGAGUUGAUGCACCCAUUGAACUUGUUCGAAAGGCAGUUAAAAUGGCUGGAUUUACAAACAAUAUGGGUCGUCCUAGACCGAUCAAGCUACUCAUUGCUCUAGACGAUGCUGAUAUCGUCAAAUGGUAUGCAGGUGUAGGGAAAAGAUGGCUUGACUAUUUCUGUUGCUGCCACAACUUCAAGAUGGUAAAGACUGUUGUAACGUAUCACAUGAGGUUCUCUUGCAUUUUAACUUUAGCAGAGAAGCACGAAUCGACCAAACUUGAAGCAAUUAGGCAUUACACCAAGGAUUUAAAAGUCUUGGAUGCAUGUGAAAAUGAAAUGUUGUACUUUCCCACAGAAAAAGUGGUUAAGAUGAUGGGAGAUGGAAACCUUUCAGAUCCAAAGCCUGUUGAAGGGGUUCUAACUUUGGCGCUGAUUAGAUUGGCUUUCGAUUGUGAGGCACUUCAUUCCUGUAUUGCUCAUUUCUGUGACCGAACUGAUGUAGUUUUUUAUCGGAUACGAUUACUUCAAAACAGAUUAAAUGUAAACCCGCUGAACGAGGAGAAGUGGAUAUCGGGGAUGGGUGCAAUUCAUGAGAGUUUGAAUCGCAAGUGCCUUCCCAUCUGUCCUGUCCAUAUACAUGAAUUGUACAUGGGCAUAAUGACACUUCAAGACAUUGAUGUUAGUUCAUUUGUGGACGUGGAUGAUCUAUGAUUUGUUUGA